AUGGAAUCAUAUAGUCGUGAUUGGAUGCUAUGCAAGAAAAAUGACCCCAAGUAUAGAACUGGUGUGAAGAAGUUCUUAGAGUUUGCUUUUACACAAGGAAAAGGAAACCAAGUUGUACCAUGUCCUUGUGUGAAAUGCAACAAUGAGAGGAGGAAAACCAGGCCGGAAAUAGAAUUAGAUCUGCUAAAGUUUGGGAUUGUUAAGAGUUACACACGUUGGGUACGACAUGGUGAAAGCUUUGAAUGCCAAGUUGAUGCAAAUGCUUUAGAUGACUCGCAUCAAAAUAUAGAGCAUAAUUACAUGAGUGACAUGUUGUAUGAAGCAUUUGGAAUGGCGACACAAGAAGUAGAUGCUGAGGUUGGAGAAGCUGUGGAUGCAAAGGCUAAUGUUGGUAUUCGAGGAGAUCCAAUUGAAGAAGCCAAAACAUUUUAUAAAUUAAUGGAAGAACUUGAGUUGCCGUUAUAUCCAGGCUUGCUUAGGGGGAUAACAGAUAAAAGUCUUUCUAUGAUUCUUGAUCUUUUCAAGGAAGCAUUGCCGGAGAAUAACACUUUGCCAGAAUCCUUCUACGAAGCUCAAAAGACAGUGAAGAAGUUGUCUCUUAACUCCAUCAAGAUUGAUGCUUGUCCCAAUAAUUGCAUGCUAUUUUGGAAAGAGCAUGCUAAUGCGGAUGAAUGUGUAAAGUGUCAUGCAUCAAGAUGGAAAAAAAAGGAACAAGGGAAUGGAAAUCCUGCUACAAAACCCAAUCCCAAAAAGCUUCCAUGUCAGACAAUGAGGUAUUUCCCUUUAAUACCUAGGCUUCAGAGAAUGUUUAUGUCAUCUAAAACUGCCGCUAGUAUGAGAUGGCAUUCAGAUGAACGUCAGAGUGACGAUGGGGUAAUGACACAUCCAGCCGAUUCAAAAGCUUGGAAAUCAUUUGACGAUAAAUAUCCAUCUUUUGCCUCUGAAACACGAAAUGUUCGCCUUGGUUUAGCAAGCCCUAAGGGACCUAAGAAGAAUAUUGAUGUGUAUCUCCAACCUCUAAUUGAGGAACUUAAGUUGUUGUGGAAUGUUGGUGUGGAGACUGACUAUCCUGCUUAUGGUGAUCUCUCUGGAUGGAGUACGGGAGGAGAAAAAGGUUGUCCUACUUGCAACAGUGACACAUCUUCAGAGUGGCUAAGAAAUGGGGGCAAGUACUGUUACAUGUGUCAUCGCCGAUUUCUACCCAUUGAUCAUGAAUGGAGGUACGAUGGGGCAUCUUUUGACGGCACACAUGAGAUUAGACCAAAGCCAAAGGAGUUAACGGGUGAGGAAGUGCUUGAACAAUUGGUGGAUGUUGAAUGUGUUACAUCCCUUGAGACUCCUACUAGGAAGAGAAAUCGACGCAAAGAUCAAAAGAACAAAUGCAAAGCAAUAUGGAGAAAAAAGAGCAUUUUCUAUGAGUUGCCGUAUUGGAGUAGUCUUCUAGUGCGUCAUAAUUUAGAUGUGAUGCACAUUGAGAAGAAUGUUUGUGAGACCUUACUUGCUACGUUGCUUGACAUCGAAGGGAAAAGUAAGGACAAUCUGAAUGCACGACAUGAUUUGAAGGAAAUGAAAAUUAGAAAGUCCCAGCAUGCUAAAGAACGAGACGAUGGUAGUUGGGAGAUUCCCCCGGCUCCUUACACGUUAUCCUUGGAGGAAAAAAAGAAGCUAUGUACCUUCCUGACGAGUGUCAAGUUCCCUGAUGGCUAUGCUUCAAAUAUCUCCCGAAAUUCAUUGCUGAGAGAGCGCAAAUUGGCAGGUUUGAAAAGCCAUGACUUCCAUGUCAUUAUGGAGCAUCUUCUUCCUCUUGCUAUACGUGAUUGGCCGAAGUCACUGUCCACACCACUUAUUAAAUUGAGUUCAUUUUUCAAGGAAUUGUGCUCUAAGACAUUGAAGGUGAAAGACUUAGAAAUAAUGGACAAGGAAAUAGCCGUCAUCCUAUGCGAGUUGAAAAGAUUUUCCCACCGGCUUUCUUUGUGA